CAGCAUUCUGGUAUUGCCUUUAGCAAACAACUGAUAUAAGUCCAGUAUGAAUGUCUCAGGGAAAAAUCUUAGCCAUGUCAGUUAUGCUUCAUACUAGUAAUCUCUGUACGAACAUUGCCAUCUAUGAUAUUUUGCUCAAUUUCUGUUCAUGCUUCAUAUGUGCAGGUGUCACUUCUUAACAUUGUGGUGGAGUUGAAGAAAUGUUGUAAUCAUCCCUUUCUCUUUGAAAGUGCUGAUCAUGGUUAUGGGGGCAACACCUUUGAUGACGGAAGCAAACUGGAGAGAAUUAUCUUGAGCUGUGGAAAGUUAGUAAUACUUGACAAUUACUUGUCCGACUGCACGAGACAAAACAUCGUGUUCUGAUUUUUUCGCAGGUUCGUUUCUGUGGCAUUAGUCUGUUUUCAGCUUAGCUCUCUGCCCUUGCAUGCACCAGUGCCUACACAUUUCUACUCUGCCUCUUCUUUUUUCAUUCCCUUUAUGACUUGGGGUGCUGCCUAUGUCUUCCCUCUGUCAGUGUUUGGAUUCCAUUGGUCAAAGUUGAAGUGAUGUGGCAUACUAAAAUGCUAAAUUCAAAUAUAUGUCUCAUUAUGUUUAUUAAUUACUGAUUUAUUGUUGAUCUUAACUUGUUCCUUAAUGAGUCGAGCCUUGACUGAGCUGCUGCAGAUGGUCAGAAUGCUGGACAUACUUGCUGAGUAUAUGUCACACAGAGGGUUUCAAUUUCAGAGGCUUGAUGGUAGUACCAAGGCCGAGUUGCGUCAUCAGGCAAUGGAACAUUUUAAUGCACCUGGAAGUGAUGAUUUCUGCUUUCUUCUAUCAACUAGGGCGGGUGGUCUUGGUAUAAACCUUGCUACUGCUGACACAGUUAUAAUAUUUGAUUCAGAUUGGAAUCCACAAAAUGACUUACAGGCUAUGAGUAGAGCUCAUAGAAUUGGGCAACAAGAUGUUGUUAACAUCUAUAGAUUUGUAACAAGCAAAAGUGUCGAGGAGGAUAUCCUGGAGCGAGCUAAAAAGAAAAUGGUUCUUGACCAUUUGGUGAUCCAAAAGUUGAAUGCCGAGGGGAGAUUAGAAAAGAAAGAAGCAAAGAAGGGAAGUUAUUUUGACAAAAAUGAAUUGUCUGCAAUUUUGCGGUUUGGGGCAGAGGAACUAUUUAAAGAGGAAAGAAAUGAUGAAGAAAACUAGAACAGGCUCUUAAGCAUGGAUAUUGAUGAAAUCCUAGAAAGAGCAGAGAAAGUUGAAGAGAAGGAAGGUGAACAAGAGGAAGGGCAUGAACUGUUGAGUGCAUUUAAGGCAAGACCCUUUUUACAGCAGAGAUUCAGUUUGGUUUCUUCUGCAUGACUAAUGUUUAGUUUUUUUUGCUGUGCUGCCUUGUUAACUUAAUUUACAACAUAUCUAUGCUUUCAAAUUAAGCAUGUCAUAAAUUUUCUGCUGAUGAUCUCCAGGUUGCUAAUUUUGGUUGUGCGGAAGAUGAUACAAGUUUCUGGAGUCGGUGGAUAAAACCAGAUGCUGUAGCUGAUGCUGAAGUAUGAACUCUCAUAUAUGUGCUUUCUAUACAUGCAUCUGAUUUUUCGGUUGCAAACUCUUUCUGCACCUAUUGUUAAUGGUCAUAGAAAAACGUGUCCAUUUAAUUGUGAAGACUCUAAGCAUGUAUACAUUGACAAUCUAAAACUAAAAAAUAGUUGGCGUGCUGACACUUACGACAUUGUUUUAAAUCAUCUGUAGGUUAUUUCUUAUCAAAUUGACAAUUAGAAUAAGCACAUCGUUCGACAGAAAAAAACUGAAAUGAAUAUUAUAUUAUACCUGAAUAAAAUGGAUAAGUACUAAUGCCUAGGAUCAAGAUUCUGAGUGUAUGGGCACAUAGCUUGUGAUGCUGUUGAAAGUCCUCUGGUAUUUGUUGACUGUAAGAAAAUAUACAUGAGUGGAAUUUAGCUGAUAAGUAUGAGAUGUCUUUUGUUUGACAACAACCUAAGCUUUCCCCUUGGAAUGCCUGCUCCUAGUGCUUCGCUGUGUCUAGCAUUUCUGGACAUCUAUCUGAAUAUUGCAAAGCACAUCUCGGGAGCAUUGUCGAGUGUCUAGCAUUCACUAAAAUGCUUUCUAGUUUGUUGAUGUUGUUGCUUAUCUUUCUGCUUGUUGAUUAUUGUAACUGAUAGUUUAGUAUGAGGCUAUUAUAUUAAGUUGAGUGCUUUUUUAGACAGUAACUAAUCUUGUUUCCUCUGGCAAAUAUGCAUGGACAGCUAAUGAAAUUUGGGAACCUUAGCCAACUUGAUUUGAUAGCUGCUGAAGUUGGCGGAGUCUUUGCAGCAGCUCCACAAGAUGCACAGAUUGAGCUUUUCGAUGCCUUGGUAUAGGGUUGCAAAGAGGCUAGUGAAGUAGAAAGUAUGGACCCAAAGGUUGGUUACUUGGAAGCGAAGGUGCCCCAUUUUAUUUUUCUCUCUUCCUUUUUGGCCACAUCUCACCCACCUUUUGGCGUAUCACUUUCUGUUUGUAUUGAAGCAUUCUCAAGGCUGGGCUAACUCUAUCAGUGCGAUCUUCUUUCUGUAGGGGCCAUUGUUAGAUUUUUUUGGUGUUUCAGUGAAGGCCAACGAUUUGCUCACUCGUGUUCAAGAACUGCAGCUACUGGAAAAACGAAUAAACCGGUAUGAGAAUCCUGUUGCACAAUUCCGUGUGUUGUCAGACCUCAAACCUUCCAAUUGGUCCAAGGGUUGUGGCUGAGCAGUCCGUGGCUUUCUGACUCUUUGGGGGCUGAUGGGUUAGAGUGUAUUAUGUUCCUGCAUUAUCUUUUGGGUUAAGACAAACCAGGUGGCAAUAUUUUGCUGAACUAUAGAGAUGUUUUGUCUUGUUAUAUUUUUCAUGUGACGAAUUGCUUAGAUAAAAUGUUAUGGUCUCUCUGUUUUCUGUCUAUACCAGGAACUUGCAGCUGCCGGUGGUAAGUAUGCAAAGGUUAAAGCAGGACGGAAGGCUGCUAAGAAGGUAACUGGACCUCUUCCAAAUUCUUCGGCAUUUCGAAUCAGGGAUAAGGUGAAACCUAAUGUCGGAACUGUUAAUAAUACCCAUAGUGGCAGGAAUAGACAAAAUCAGAAACCACAACAGAGAGUUGAACCCCUAGUGAAAGAGGAAGGUGAGAUGUCAGACAAUGAAGAACUGAGCGUGCAAUUUAAGCAAAUGAAAUGGACGGAGUGGUGCCAUGAUGUCAUGGUUGAUGAGAUAAAAACGACUGAAACGACUCCACAGACGGAAGAAAUCUGGUUAUCAAUUGUCAGACCCAACUCAGAAAGUCUCGACACUGCAAAAUUCGAAUCAUGGAAAAGACAGAAGAAGAGCUGAAGCUGAUAUACCUUUACAAGCACAGCAUACCCUCUCCCAAGCUCAACCACAGGCGGUGAAUAAUAAUGGCAACCGUGUGGUUGACCGUAAUUCAUUGGUGCAGCACCAUCUGAUAAUAGGCCGUUCAGUAAUGGGAGGCCUUACAGAAUGCGCCAAGCUGGUUUUCCUGCGAGAUGAGAAGAAUGCGCCAAGCUGGUUUUCCUGCGAGAUGAGAAGAACUUCCAUCAGUAUAAAGUAAACCCAAGUGCUUGAUGGAAUGAGGAGAAUUCAAGUGAAAGACAUAUCAUGCUCAGCCAUGAGCAUUCCCAUUUUGGUGGCAUAAUCACAAGCUCAGCCACUGGGGGGGACACUGCAUCAGCCUUGUGGGGACUCUAUAUAAUAAAGUUUUGGAGAUCACUGCUCGUGGUUCUUUUGUUGCUGAUACCGAAGAUAUCUGCAAGAUGGGGAACUGGCAUAAACUUUGAAAGGUGCCUGGUUGGUUGCGGGAAGAUAUGUGAUGGUCGGUUUAACAUAUAAGCAGGCGGUAACAGUUUUGGUUGCGUGACAAUUUUCUAGUUCUUGGGUAGAGAAAACUGGGAUGGGAAUUAGUUUGUUUUACAGUUUACAUACAUAGUAAAAGAGUUUAGAAAAAGAGAAUAUUAACUCCUCACUUGAGCUGGAACGUAGACAAGUGAGUAGCCUCGAAACAGUUUACAUGUAUGUUGAUGGUAUGGGAGAAAAGUUGUACAUUUUUUUUUAUGAAUUUUGUGCUAUUUUGAAGAGUAGUAGUUCAUUAGUCUCAACCACUUGGGUGAAUGGUUGAAUCUCUCUGUCUCUCCCUCGCUGUGAGUGUGUGUUGCGUUUAUUGUUAUAUCCGUAGCUUAUUAACAGCUGAUGAUGUAUUGUAAAGGCGAUUUUGAAUUUUGAUGCACAAAUCGGCUGACUGUUGUUUUAUUUUUUUUGUAUGUGAUGCAGGGAUGAACGUGUUGAUGAUCAACUUGACUUUGGAGAAGAGUGUGAGGGUAGGCAACAGCAGCGGAAGGGAAAAUUAGGGUAUACCGGUAAACCGGCUAACCGUCGGUAGAUAGAGCUGCUUGUGAGGGUAGGCACAGUGUGAGUUUGAUCUUUUCAGCAGAGCAGCGGCAGCAAAAACAACACGCAGAGCAGGAGAGGCGAAGCAGAGUUCAACAGCAAAACAUAAAAAAAUGUAAAAAUUUGCCCCAUUUAUGUUUUGUAAUUCGUGAAUAGCGCUUUAUUUGAAGGAAGAAUGGCUUAAGGCCAUGAUUUGUUGGUUCCACGCUUGGUUUGGCUGUUUGAUCAGCUUUAUUGUUUAGGUGCUGUCUAUUAAUUUGAUUGUAUGGAUUUUGUGUUUUGGGAUCACUUUGUUUUGGAAGAAUUUGGAAUAGAUUCAUUCAUUCAGC